AUGAGAUCUUCCGAAAACAUUCCAACGUUCAAGAUAUCACCAUCGCAAUUCUCAUCAUCUAGCAGCAGCGAUAUCAUUGAGGUGACGCCUCAAUUCCCGAUGAGCAACUAUCGCUUUGAACACAAUCGGCGCUUUGAACCACGUUCAGCAUCCAAUGGUUCCCAUUCCUUCAGAAGGACAAGUGUUCCGGACAACAACCAAUCCAAUGGACUGAUGGGCCCUCCAACAAACAGAGAAACGGGCAACAUUUUCUUCAAAACCCGUAUUUGUACUAGGUUCCGGUUUGGUGCCUGUAGAAAUGGUCAAAAUUGUACCUUUGCUCAUGGGGUUGAUGAGAUAAGACGGCCACCACUAAACUGGCAGGAGCUUGUCAGUCCUAGCACUGAAGAACCGCUGAAAUUGGGCGGGAAUAAGAAUGAUGAUCAAAAAAUCAUUCAGAAGAUGAAGCUCUGCAAGAAGUAUUGCAAUGGGGAGGAAUGUCCUUAUGGUGAUAAGUGUAACUUUCUUCACGAGGAUCCUGCAAAGUUUAGGGACGAUUCUUGGAAAACAAUAGAGUCCUCUGCAAUCAGCAUUGGAACUUCUAAUCAUUUGGAAGGCAGUAGGGCUGGAACUAAGCAGGAAAGGGGCACUUAUUGGAAGACUAAGAAAUGUCUCAAGUGGGUCAAUACCGGGAGUUGUCCCUUUGGUGAUGGCUGUCACUUUGCUCAUGGCGAUGCAGAGUCACAAGUUUCUAGUGGAGGCAUUGAAGCUGAAGCUGCAGCUGCCAUUUCAACUAUACCAACAACAGGUUCUUCUGUCAAUUAUGCACCUACUACCUUACCAGCAAAUGUACCUGCGGCGACGGAAGAGGAGAGGAAGGCCAAGAAGGAAUUACUUUGGAAGAAAUUAAACAAGAUCAACCGUAUUUAUGGCGAUUGGAUUGAUGAUUUACCUCCCGACUUGCCAAGUACAGCGGAGCCCUGA